AUGGCAGAACGCGUGAAACAGGAGCCACGCCCGGCGGCCAAGAAGGCAGAGGAACAGAUUAAGUUGGACAUGGGGCAUGCAGGCAUCCGAGCCUCCGCCGAGCCUGAACCAUCCCAGUCCUCCGACUCUUCAUCCACGUCAGCAGUGAAGGAGCCAGCAGCCGGCAAGGCAGCGGCCGGCAAGGGGUUCGGGAAGGCGCCGCAGCAGCCGGCAGUGGUUCGGCGACCGGCGCCGUCCCAGCCGCUACUGUCGACUCGGCCGGUGGGCGAGGAGGAGAAAAAGGCUGCGGAGAUUGAAACGGCCGUGGUGGCUUCCCUAGGGUUCGUAUUCCUCCUCAUCAUCCUCGAAGGACUGUUUCUCGCUGCUGCAGGCUUCCUAUCGGAGGAGCUGGAUCAGAUGGCAAUGGACCUGGUCUACCCGGCCUUCUCCCCCACGGUGGCCGUUUUCCUCCUGGGAGCCACUGCCUAUGGUGCCUUCAAGGUCAUCGGCAUCGGCGGCAAGAAGCAGUAG